UUGGCAGUCUGUUUAUGCGGAAAUGCCUCUUAAGUAAAUACAUGUAUAUAGAGAUUUUAUAAUGAACCUCUAUGACUCUAUAAAUAUUAUACACUUACACUAUUUGGUAAGUAGAACAUUUGAUAUACAAUGUACUGAUAAAAAGCAAGUUAUUUUAAAAUCUUGAGUAAACAUCUACCUACGCGCGAUGUCGCAUGUCCGACUUUUUAGGUUUAUUUUUUGCUUAUUUGUUGAUAUAUGAGAUAAAAAAAAGAGGCUCUAUAUUCAUAGAUUUAAUCUUAUUAAACAAAUAUUGACAUAUAGGUAACUCUUUGAUCACUGUUGUGUGGUCCAUUUAUCGUGCAAAAGGAGGUAUAUAUAAAUAUUGUAUAGUUGAGGCGAAACAACUAUUUUUGUUUUAAUUUAAGUUCAUUGAAGAGCGAUUACACACGUUUGUUCACUUAUUUAAACAUCCUUAUGAUUUUGUAAAGGAAGACAAAAGUGAAAAUGAUUCAUUCACCAAAGCUUGUUGAUGUUGGUAGCGCUGAAAGAUGUUUACAACAUCCACAUAACAUUAUUGUACACUACUGCACAUCACAUGACGAGGUCGGAUGUUCCGAAUGUACGUCCAAAAACCACAGCGCAUGCGCUGUGGAGAGCGUUGACAGUAUUGCUGUUGGGACAAUUGAUUCUGUAGAGUAUAAACAUCUGAUUAAAGAGCUGACAGAAGUUAAACAUCAAGCUGAAGAAAAUGAAAAGGCGGCUUUAGAUAAUAAGCUAAAAUCUGAUAAAUCUUUAUCAAGCACCAUGCUAGAUGUGAGGACAUUCAAGAAUGAUAUUAAUGCUCAUUUAGAUCAGAUGGAAAAAGAAAUAGAAAACCAAGCAAAAGAUGCAAAUGUUGAAUAUAAAAUAGCAAUGGAUGAAAAGAUAUCUGAAAGUAAAAACGUACAAAAGAAUGUAGAGAAAUGUUUAAAGGAAUUCAAGGACUUAGAAACAAAAGCUACGAGAUUAUUUAUCAAGAUUACUAGAAGAAAGAUGGAUCUUUUGAAAUUCAGACAUGACUCUGAAAGGUAUAAACCAGCACCCGCGCAGUGCUUUUCAUUUAAACCAAACGUACGCCUUUCAGAUAUAUUUAGAACAAGUAACAAUUUAGGAAAGCUAGAAAUUGGUCAAGAAUGUCAAGGGCUAGUUUCUGUUACAGAUCCGACAGAAAAACUUACUGUUGUGGUUAAUGAAAAGCAAACUAGACGUGGCACAAACAAACCAGUAGCACAGAAAGAAUUAUGUUCUGUAAAUCAGGUUUUGAAGACUAAUGAGGUGAAUUCAGACUUUGGUACAGUCAUGCGAGAUAGCACAGAGAAAGAAAAUUCGAAAUAUGAUGUAGAUACUAAUUCAGAAACUAAUUCAGUUGUGUUUGAAGACAAUGGUGGACCAAAUUUGCAAAUAAAUGCUGAUGGUAAAUUAAUUGUCAAACUUUUUUCAGACAAGGAAGAUUGUGAUAUAUCAGGUAUUGAUAUGAUUUCUGACAACGAGCUGGUCCUCGCUGAUUACAAUAACAGGUCUGUUAAAGUUCUAGACAUGAUUAAGAAUAAAAUAACACACGAAAUGAAGCUUGAAUACCAUCCGUAUGAUUUGACUGUACCGUGUACAAACACUGUUGCAGUGACCCUAACCAACACCAUUCAGAUAAUCACAAAAUCCCAUCUUCUACGGUUAGGGGACAGUAUCACAGUAGAUGGAGAGUGCUAUGGUAUUACAAGUAGCCGCACAAAAUACUUUGUGUCUUUCAUUAAGCCUGUUCCUAAAGUGGCCAUUUUGAAUCACCAAGGAGAUGUGUUGCAGACGUUUAGCAGUGAUCACAUCAAACGACUGGCGAUUAAACGACCCCGGUAUUUAGACAUAAGUCCGGAUGAAAAAUACAUCUAUGUAACAGACUUUGGGAAGGACUGUAUCAUACAAUUAAGCGCCUCUGGAGAGUUGAUAAAUACUUUUUCAGAUGCAUCCAUAUUAAAUGGACCAUAUGGACUACAUGUGGACGAGAGAGGAUGUGUUUUGGUUUGUAACUAUGGCAACGAUAAUAUUUAUGAAUUUUCUGCGGAUCUAUCCAAGCACAGAAUAGUUUUGUCAAAAUCUGAUGGAGUAGAGUCUCCGCAAGUAAUAUUCAUGUGUAAUAAGGAGGAGAAGUUGUAUAUUGCCUCCACCGACAGUGCUGAUUGCAAUGAAAUACAAGUGUUUAGUCACUAUGAAUGCAGUAAAUUGUAACACUGGCAAGUUGACCUUUCGUCGUGGAAUGGCAGUGACUUUACCAUUCGAAUUUUAAACCCACAGUAAAGUCUCUUGUCACCGUCAGAUAGCAAAACGCUCGCUAUUUCGCCCGUAGAUUAUUUUCGGGUAUGUUGGGACCAGAGCAAAACUUUCGUUUUGAUCCACAUUGGGGGAUUAAAACAGGGAGUUAUCCCCCCCCCCAUCACACAAACUUAUGUUGGGGACGGCAUUACAUAUUAAUGUGUCAUAAAUUUGCCAUGUGCAAUAGUGAUAGGUUUUCUUCACAACCAUGACGGAUGCAUAAUUAUAGAAAUUAACAAGCUUUAUUUCAAUAUAAAUAAACUUUACUCUGAUAUCA